AUGUGCUCCUGCUCCUCCGUGCCGCCGGCCUCCGCCCAGGCUGUGGCGGUGUCGCGCAGCGCUCGCUCUCGCUACGGCCUGCGCCCGCGCGAGAGGAAAGUCUACACAGAGGUGGAGGAGCCCCAGGACGACGACUUCUUCUUGCUGCUGCUGUUGCUACUGCGGUUCACCCUCCUCCCGCUGCUGCUGCUGUGGCUCUCAGUCUGCGAGCUGUGCAGGGAUUUCUACCUGGGGGAGUGCUCCGUGCACGGCCCGCCAGAGUUCAUCGCGGACGCGGCCGUGGCCCCGGGAGUGGCCAACAGGGCCCGGCUCAGCCUGCCCCAGGGCCUCACCGUCGGCGCCUCCUCCAUCGCCGGCGCCGGCCUCGGGGUGUGGAGCAACAGGAAGAAGCUGCCCAAGGGGGUGAUGUUUGGGCCCUACCAGGGAGAGGUGUCUGAGGAGAACCCCAUGAGCGAGUACUGCUGGCUGAUUUACAAAAACAAAAAGGAUCGUGAAUAUGUUGAUGCUCAGGAUGAAUCUAAGUCAAACUGGAUGAGGUUCGUCAACUGCGCGAGGAAUGAGCAGGAGCAGAACCUGGUGGCCUUCCAGCACAGAGGGCAGAUUUACUACCGCACGUUCCGUGCCGUGGGGCCCGGCUCUGAGCUGCUGGUCUGGUACGGCGAGGAGUUCGCCCAGGAGCUGGGCAUCGCCUGCGAGGCCGGGCUCUCGCGACGCCGCAGCAGCAGCAACGAGAUGGCUCCCAGGGCAACCGCCAGAGACCUGCAGCCCGUGCAGCCUCCACCAAGCGAGGAACACUGUGGAGUGGGUGUGGAGGUCACUAGGCUGCCGUGUCCUGACUGCAACCGUCAGUUCAUCUGCCGCUCGAGUCUACAGCAUCACGUGCAGAGGAGACACCCCAAUAAGCACAGUAACAAAAGUCAUCAGUGUGACCAAUGUCCAUACAGCACAGACGACAAGGGUAGCUUGAAGAUACACCAGAGAACACACACGGGAGAGAAGCCGUUCAAGUGCACCGUGUGUGAGAAGGUGUUUUCACAGCUAUCAAAUCUUCACAGGCACCAGAGAACACACACGGGAGAGAAGCCGUUCAAGUGCACCGUGUGUGAGAAGGCGUUUGCACGUCUAUUAACUCUUCACAGCCACCAGAGAACACACACGGGAGAGAAGCCGUUCAAGUGCACCGUGUGUGAGAAGGCGUUUGCACGUCUAUUUACUCUUCACAGCCACCAGAGAACACACACGGGAGAGAAGCCGUUCAAGUGCACCGUGUGUGAGAAGGCGUUUGCACAGCUAUCACAUCUUCACAGCCACCAGAGAACACACACGGGAGAGAAGCCGUUCAAGUGCACCGUGUGUGAGAAGGCGUUUGCACAGCUACCACAUCUUCACAGCCACCAGAGAACACACACGGGAGAGAAGCCGUUCAAGUGCACCGUGUGUGAGAAGGCGUUUGCACGGAUAUCAAAUCUUCACAGUCACCAGAGAACACACACGGGAGAGAAGCCGUUCAAGUGCACCGUGUGUGAGAAGGCGUUUGCAGACCCAUCAACUCUUCACAGGCACCAGAGAACACACACCGGCCAGAAUGCAUUUUCUCAUUCCCGUGGAAACAGAAAAGUCAGCCAUCCUGAGCAAAAAGCGCACAGCGCCGAGCUGUGAAUUAGUUUUAAACAACAGGCCACGUGAUUAGCCGAGGCUGUGCCACUCUUGAAACUGAUUUUGAAUGUGAACACGGAAACCUACGAACCCUCCUACACCUGCCUCACACUCUGUGGGGGGUGGGAGAUUAAACCGACCCGGCCACCCCUCGAUUGCAAGUGCGGAGUUCUAGGUCCCAACCACUGCACGUGUCCCCCCCCACCCCCAUCACCUGGGGGUCCCUGUGUGUGUGAGUGUGCAGAGUCCCCCGUGCAGAGCUGUACUGUUGUUACCCUAGAGGGGGGCACCGCAGGGUGAUCCACCUACAGACACCCCAGUCUGCACGUCUCCCGCCGGUCUCCAUGCGCACCGCGUGCCGUCUCGUAGCCCUGCCCCGUGAGACGUACGUACAGUACGUACAGUACGUACCCAUCCAGCGGUAGACUGAACCGUGGCCGAUGACGAAGGUGGCAUCCGCUCACAAAUCUCCGAACACUCAGUCCAGAGGUCGCAACCGGGUACCCGAUACCCGUACCCUACCCGAUACCCGGCCGGGUACGGGUAGCCGUUUGCGACCUUGGUGCGGCCGGGUAAGGGUAGACCAUGAGUCACUGGUGAGUAACUGUCACUCAUUUCCCAACGUCUUGUCUCUUCUCACAAUUAAAGUUCCUAGAAUCAACCCACCCGCGCCUGCAACAUGGCUUCACCCCAGAGGUCGCAAUCAGGUACCCGAUACCGGGUACGGGUACCUGUUUACGACGCUGGUGCGGCCGGGUCUGGGUAAGGAAUCAAAACCCGUUUGCGACCUCUGACUCAGUACCGUAGCCCCGAGCCAUCGCUUGCGCGAUAUUCACUUUGCUGCUGAGAGGAAAGCUACGGGGAGGAGGUGGGGGGGUUGCUAGGAUAGGACAUCUGUGGAACGGCUGGAGAUCUGCGAAGAAGAGCUUCAUAGCUCAUCGCAUUCCUGCGGUCUAAAAAAAUAUUCCGAGGGGGCGUUGGGAGGGGGGUGUAGGUAUGAGUGGGGCAUCUGCACUUGGAUCACCCUGCGUGUUGUUGCUGCCUCCCCCGUUGAAAAUGUUCCCAGCGUGAACUUAACCCUUUGCAGUUGCGACGACGCCGCGUGCCGUGCGUGAACGUCGUCGUCGGAACAACAAAACGCAGUAAAAACUAAAGUAACUUUAUCGGUACCGAGGCUCCCACAGGGCCACGCGGGGCAGGGAGUGUGGCACAGUUUUGGCGCCGGCUAGCGCAGAGUGGCGGCGGUCGUGUCGCUACGCUUCUCUGCGGUGAGCAACGACGUCUUUAUAACAACAACAACAGCAGUGCUGCUGCUGCCACUGCUGCGCCUCUCUAAAUAGAAUUAACGAGGGCGAGCCGCGCGCUCGAUUCGCGGGAUUCUGCGGUGAACGGUGACACCCACCCGUGAACGGUGACACCCACCCCGUGAACGGUGACACCCACCCGUGAACGGUGACACCCACCCCGUGAACGGUGACACCCACCCCGUGAACGGUGACACCCACCCCGUGAAUGGUGACACCCACCCGUGAACGGUGACACCCACCCCGUGAACGGUGACACCCACCCCGUGAACGGUGACGCCCACCCCGUGAACGGUGACACCCACCGACCCUGGAACUCUGCAGACGUCUCGGACGCGGGAAAGGGUUGAGAGAUUCUCUGCGUCGUCCCGGUUGCUCGCGUGAUGUCGCACGGUGGUGGCGCGCGUUGACUCUUACACGUUUAAGAAAGUUGAGCGUUAGUUUGUGAUUCUGUUUACAAUUAUAUAUGUACAUACUUAAACUAACAAAAAUUUUCUUGGGAUUUUACCAAAUAAGGUCCAACUGGAUACGUAGUAGCUCUUUUAUCAGACGUGACCACCUGGCCAUCACGAAUGAAAGCUCAACGAAGUGGCUUAUCAUUGUGUGGACAUUUAUAGCGGCCAAAUACUCUGACUGCGUGAUCUCGAUUCUAAAUGUCGAGGGAAAACCGGAGGACCUGGAGAAAAAUCCACACGACCACGGGGAGAGAGAGAGACGCGCAAACUCAAAAUAUACAGCAGGCGUCAGGGUCGGAAUCGAACCAACGAUCUCCUGUAUACCAGGAGAGGUAGUUAACAUCUCAACAUGCGUUCAGAGUAUUUGGCUGCUGUGAAUGUCACGUGAUGAGCCACUUCGGUGCGCUGCUGUCAUUUGUGAUAGCCAGGUCGCUACUACACAGCUCAGUGGGGGCCUUACCUGGAAAAGUAAAGUGAAGUAAAACUAAAAUCUACUAUAUUCUUGGUUCUUUUGGUAAAGUCACGUAGAAGGGAAAUAAUAAAAUAAUAAAAAUAAAACAUAAUAAAUUAUAUUCUAAUAUUAUUUUAUGUUAUUUGGUUAUAUUAUUAUUUUAUAUUACUUUAUUAUAGUAAUAUAUUCUAUUAUUUUAUUAUUAUAAUAUAAAAUAUUAUAUUAUUAUAUUUUUUCAUAACGUUUUAUUUUCAUUAUUUUAUUAUUUACCUUCUACGUGACUUUACCGAAAGAACCAAUAAGAUGAAUCCCUGCAGUCACGAAAGCUUUAAAUCGAAAUUUUACAUAGACUUUGAUUGCUUCAACCAGAAAAACUUUAAUAAUAACCCUAACCCUAAAAAUGCUUAAAUUGAUCAAAUUGAGAUUCUUACUUCCAUUUAUACGCUUUUUAGAUGUCGAUUGAAGUUCGUUGUCGGCUGUUCUCUGUGUGGAUAAUUGCCUUUGAACUUUCACAUGGGGCAUAUUCUGCCCUGGAGAGGGGGUAUGGUCUGGACCAGUCUAGUUUAAACCCCCGGGUCUAGUUUAGCCUAGGACACUGUAUCCCCCCGGGUAUACUCUGGCCUGGGCCAAACUAUACCCGGGUUUAAUCGGGGCAGGGUUUUUUAAAAAAUCCUUUAUAUUAAGUUCACUUGCUUGCUUGCUUGCGCGCUUACGACCGUGCAAAUCUUUCAGUCGUUUUUAACCCACUUCCCGUGAUCCAAUCGAGUUGACAUUUUUCACACAGACUCGUUGUGCGUGACAAUUUAUUUUCGUGAAAUUUUUUUUCCAAAAUUUUCCACUUUUUAGGAAUUUUUUUUCUAUUUAAUUACCAAUUGCUUAAUGGUGGCAGGCAAUCAUCUGACCCAUAGGUGGCAGUCAUCUCAAGCCAGAGGACGAGAGGACUCUAGCCGCCACGCAUAUAAAGGAUUUAUAGUGAAAAACUUUGUUUUUACGGGUUAAUUUUUAGCCUGUUUCACCGGUAUCUCCAGGAGGUCGGAGCGACUUACUCUGUGGUGACACUUUUCCGUGACAGAGGUUUGGUUUUUGUUGUUGUUGUUGUUGGGUUAGAGAUCUCGUAAAUAUCAACAUUGUGUCGUUAACCCACCACCACCCACCACCAUCGCCUGACACGGCCAAUCAGUCAGGGUUUGUCACGUAAACGAAACGUGCCAAUUGGUUACCAACUUCAGCACACACAGCGCUUGUGUGUCGGGGAGAGUGAACCCACAACAGCAUUUACAAUUCGAGUGCCGGUGACGUUUCGCCGGUGAUUACAAACAACGGCGACCGGUUUCAUCGGGCGAUGUGCCAGGAUUGUGAUCCAACGCCAUCUAACCCAGCAGCAGCAGCAGCAGCGACGACAACAAAAACCUUCAUCACAGACACCGCUGGUCGCAAGAGACUGCGCGUGGCGCUUUGUGUUGCCGUUGCCACGAAUCGUCGAAGGGCGUUCACGAUCUGUUGUUCUCCUGUAACGCGGUGGUCAUUUCGAUUUAAAGCUUCUUUCGUGACUGCAGGGAUUCAUCUUCUUGGUUCUUUCGGUAAA